AGAUACACUUGUGUUGUGUUACCUAAACUGCUACUGCAGUUGCCGGUACUUGUGUUGGAAGAUUAAAGUGUAUGUAAUCAGUAAUCAGUUGACUGCAGAACCAGUGAGUAAAGGGUAAGCCGAUUUAAGGCUAUUCAACCUAACUUACAUGUAACCUAAUGUCUGGUUUUUCAUAGGAAGUUAGUUCUUUAGUAACUUAGUCUGCUGAUAAUCAAAGGAGCUGCUGAAACUCCUGCCGUCAUGUCUUGGGUUGUUAAAGCUGUAAACAGGACUCAUACGGAUUUUUCCUCAGAGACAAACAAAGAAUGGAAAGAGCCUUUCUUUUUCGUCCAGGGUGCGGACACUCAGUUUGGAAUGUUUGCUGAUUUCACUGAAGUAACCACAGAACCAAAAUGGGCAAAGGAAAUCGAACUUGCAGAACUUGCUGUGAAAAAGGUCAAUGAAAUGAGACCAAAACCAAAGUUUUAUGUUAUAUGUGGAGACCUUUGCCAUGACUAUUAUGAUAAAGAACCAGAUGUGAGGGCAGCGCAAGACGCAGAUUUCAAGAAAGUGUAUAGCAAGUUAGAUCCUACAAUUCCUCUGGUGUGCGUUUGUGGAAAUCAUGACGUGGGAGACAAUCCAACUUACGAAUCUGUUCGCAAAUACACUUCCAACUAUGGUGAUGACUACUUCUCAUUCCAUACUGGAGGUGUGUUCUUCAUUUGUAUCAACUCUCAGUUCUACCAUGGCGCCACAAACACUCCCGAUCUCGUCCAGGCGCAGGAUGAAUGGUUGGAUCGCCAACUGGCAGUUGCCAAACAAUCAGAGAUUCCGAGUAUAAUGUUUCAACACGUCCCUUGGUUUGCCAGUGACCCUGAUAAAACUGAGCGGAACUACUUUGAGAUUGACCACGACAUCCGGAAAAGGAUGCUGGACAAAAUACUAGCUGCAGGUGUGAAGUACGUGUUCUGUGGCCACCUCCACUACAAUGCAGGAGGCAAGUACAAACAGCUGGAGUGUGUUGUGACGUCUGCUACUGGCUAUCAGCUGGGCAGUGACACUCACGGACUACGAGUGGUUAAGGUGUACAGAGAUAAGGUGGAGCACAAGUACUACCCACUGGCAGACCUACCAGCCGAAGUCAGUCUGUAACAAACCAAGUGUCUACUGGACAAACAUUUAUGGUUGAUGAUGAUAGUGUUAUGACUUUAGUAUAGGAUAGGUACCUUUUUUCGCCACUAUCUAUUAUUAGAUGACUAAUUUCAAGUCAUUGCCGACUUCAAAACCGCAUGUUCUUGCUUUGACUCCAAGCUAAAUUUUGAACCAAAAUGCAAUUUUUUAUUGGGAUAACCGUUAAUGAUGGCGUUUAACAAAAGACUGAAGUUAAAUAGUAACAGGACUAGGUUUGGACUCCCUUACAAAAAACUGUGGCACUGGAGUUUGACAUGUUAACCUUAUGAUUUUUCAAAUUUGAAAGGAACUGGCUGUUACCCACAGGCUUCACCCCGUUUGACUUCAAGUAUUAAUAAAAUUAUUGGUUGGUU